GUCAAGAUGGAGGGACGGAGCCGCGGGGCUCGGAGAGGCGGCGUUCCCGGGCCUCGGCUCGCGCCCCGGGCUGCGCGGCCCGCGGCCCCGCGCCUGGACCUGCUGGCCAAGGAGGAAGAAUACAAGCGUUUGAAUGCAGAAUUGGAGGCCAAAACAGCUCGUCUGGUUCAGCAAGCUGAGGAAGUACUAAGAGAUCAACAGGAAAUACAAUCUCAGCCUUUAUCAACACACAUCAAAUCUUCUGAAGAAGGAAAUGCCAGUUCAAGAGGCCUGUUGUCAUCUGAAGGGCUAAUUCAUCUACAUUCAGAUACCAAGCCAAAGGCCAAAAACAUUGUUCCUAUAAACAAGGUUCAAAACAAACUGCACUCUGGAAAAAAAGGAAGACAAACAAAUUCAAGGUACACUAGCGUGCAGACAGCCAGCGAUGUUGCCCUGCCAGAGGAUUGCUCAGACUUUUCCCUUGCAAAGACAAUUAGCAAAAUUGAAGGACAGCUGGAGGAAGGCUUCCCUGAGCACACAGAUGAUGACAUUUUCUCCAGCAUGAAUACAGGUAUAGGGACAGAGACACAGAUCAGAUUUCUAAAGGCCAAACUCAAUGUUAUGCAGGAGGAAUUGGAUAAAGUUGUAUGCGAAUGCAAUAAAAAGGAGGAUGAAAUUCAUGAUUUAAAGUCACAAGUGAAAAGUUUUGAAGAAGAUUGCUCGAGAAAGCAGCGAACAAUCACUGCGCAACUGUCCCAAAUAGAAAAAUACAAAAAUCUUUUUGAAGAAGCAAACGCAAGAUGUGAUGGGCUGCAACAGCAGCUGCUGGCCGUAGAAAAGGAUUUAGAAAAUAAAAGGCGACUACAAAAACAGGCUGCAACUAGUCAAAGUGCCACGGAGGUUCGCUUGAACCGAGCCCUGGAAGACGUGGAGAAGUACAAACUGGAGCUGAGUAAAUUAAGGCAGAAUCACAAGGAUGUAGCCAAUGAAGAACUCAAAAAAAUUGAAGUGUUAAAAUCAGAAAACAAGAAACUAGAAAAACAAAAAGGAGAAUUAAUGAUAGGAUUUAAGAAACAACUAAAAUUAAUUGAUGUUUUGAAAAGGCAGAAGAUGCAUAUUGAAGCUGCCAAGAUGCUAUCUUUCACUGAAGAGGAAUUUAUGAAAGCACUUGAAUGGGGAAAUUCCUAAGUGACCCCUUUCAAUUAGGGUAUGUGAGGUAUUUAAAUUAAGCUAUAUUGGGGUUUGAAUCAUCUUUACUAUUCCUAAGUAAUGAA